AUGAAUCUUACACAGAAUCAAAUCGAAGAGUACAGCAACCUCCUCGCAGCCGCCCAUCAGUACUUCUACCUGCGCCAGAAUCUCAACCAUUGCGGCUUUGACGAUGCCACUCUUAACGCACUUUGUCUGCCGACAGCGACUCAAAAUACCCCAUCGUUCGCAGACGAGAGUGUCGGCGAUUCAACUUCAACACCGUUUGCCCCUGACACCCCAGCCUCUCUCUACCAGAAUCAGCAAGGUGCCCCGUUUGGAGCUUCCAACGAAAAGCGAGCGUUCAAGGGGAACAACAAUCUCGGAGGUGAGGUUAUGCACACAUCUCCCGCCUAUGCAGGCGACUCACCGGACCAACAACAUCGUGGUCUACUUCAAAACAAAAAACGAUCCGAGUCCAACCGAUGGGUGGAGAGUGCCGCUCAAAGAUCGGUUCAGCUUCUGAACUUGGCCCCUGGCGUCACUCAUGGCGAAGUUGCUACGAUCGUUCGAGGCGGACCGCUUCUGGAGAUUUUCGUCCGGGCAAAAGACAACUCUGUUACAGUAUCCUUUGUACGGGAAACUGAUGCAGUUGCCUUCCUUGAUUACACUCGGACAUGUGGCUUGUAUUUCAAGGACCGUAAAAUACAUGCCAAAUGGUCUGACUAUCAGUACGUCGUGAAAGGCCAAGUCGCCUACCAUGCCGCCAGAGGAGCUUCUCGAAACUUUGUCAUUCGCAAGCGGGAUCCCAACACCACUGCCCAAAGCCUCCGUGAGGAUCUCGACCAUAUCCACAACCUUCAUGUGAUUGACAUCGAGUUCAACAAAGAUAAUUGUUUUGUCAGCACCAGUUCAAUCAAUUCCGCUAUCUUCGCCCGCAAUUGCCUUCUCAGUCGGUCGGAGUACAAGAAUUCUCGUAUCGAAUGGAUCGCUGAUGAGUGUGCUCAACCCCUGGAUACCUUACCUUGUGACGCCAAGGCCCCGAUCCUUUGCGUGAAGGAGGACAGCAGCGCCGCGCCUGCUCACCCAUCGCGCAAGAACCUCAUGGGAAACCGAUUCCAGCUUCUUGAUCUCAGCGAUACUGAUACAAGUAACGGUGACGAUUCUUCAGACGAGUCUCUCUGAGUAAGACAUAGUACUCUACAUAUUUUGAUACCUCCAGUCAUGUUUUGUUCGUUUAAAUUCAAUACCAAGAUUGUUGCAGGGAAAUGCAUUGAGGAGAAAAGGAAGAUACCUGUCACACAGCCUUUUGACUGCAUAUAUCAGAGCAGAGUUUGCCAAUGGCACUGCCAUGAACAGACUUGGUACCUAAGUGCAACUCGCCUGGGGUAAGCCAGACAAUUACAGUACUUGGCACUUUUAGUCAGGUAGGUAGGUAGUUAAAUAUCGAGAUUUAGCAAAUGAAUCUCCUAGAGUUUGUUC